GAAUACAUUGAGAAGAAACUGCACGAGCUAGAGACCGGGGAGCUCCGCGCGGAACCGCUAACUGAGGUGAUCAGUCGGGACGAAGUCGAUCCCGACGUGCUACUUCCCCGCUGGAACGCUAGAGGUUCCCGCACGACAGCUCCGUCUGGUCCGGAACAGCUACGACUCCGUCUCACCGUGCUACAGAACGCCUUGAUCAUGAUCAAGCUGAAGCACCCUGGGCGGGCUGAGCUAGCAGAUGUCACCUUCGCCGUCUUCGAGCGCUACAAGGACUACCUUCUGGGAGACUACUGCUACGGCCUCCGCUCCAGUGAGGAGUCAGGCUCUCUGAUUCCGCCCUGGCCGCCAAUCCUUAGCUAUGAGCACGCUAUCCGCAAGCAUGCCUACAAGCUCAUGGCUACAGAUGGUCGCUCCUUCGGCGAUGCGCUCGCCAAGGCAUACAAAGAGGCUACUGUCAAGGAGAGGCACUUCACCACACCCCUCGCGCUACAUGCAAAGCGGCCGAACCCCUCCGUGCCCCCUCCCCCGCUAAACCCCUACCAGCGCGACCCCAAGAAGGGGAAAGGCAAACUGGGCAAGGGGAAGGACAAGCAGCCGACGAAGUUCGGCACGCUAGCAGGCACGUCCAGCCGGACCCCCGAUGGCAAGCCCAUCUGCUACCGUUUCAACGCUAAGGGGGGCUGCAAGAAGGGCGACAAGUGCCACUUCGCCCACGUGUGCCUUCACUGCUUCGCUAAGCACCCAGCCACGCAGUGUCCCACGCUAAAGAGCAAGAAGGACGACAAGCAGCAG